AGACCCGGGCUCGUCGGCGACAAUAACGCAGAGGGAAAUCGGCUCGGCGGACGGGAAUGACCCGCUGGUGCUGCGAACCGGAAGGAUGAUGAUGGCUAAGGCGCUCCCGAUGCGCUUGUCGCACGUCGUUGUCGCCGCCAUGGUGAAGCAAGAGCCGGACGAUGACUCGGACACGGAUGAGCCGAACUUGCUGCUAAAGAAGUCAGACAGCGCCGAGCCGCAGAUCAUCCACAGCGGCCACUUCAUGGUGUCCUCUCCGCACAGCGAGCACCCGCCCAAGAAAGGCUACGACUUCGAUACGGUCAACGAGAUGGCCUGCCAGACGUACAGCGGCAAGACCAGCACAUGUCACUUGUCAAUAGAUGCGUCCCUCACCAAACUGCUGGAGUGCAUGACACUGGCGUACAGUGGCAAGCUUGUUUCUCCGAAAUGGAAGAACUUCAAGGGCCUGAAGCUGCAGUGGAGAGACAAAAUCCGUCUAAACAAUGCAAUAUGGCGAGCGUGGUACAUGCAGUACAUUGAGAAACGACAAAAUCCAGUGUGCCAUUUUGUGACUCCUUUGGACGGAUCAAUCGAUUUUGAUGAACAUAGGAGACCAGAGGCCAUUGCAACUGAAGGAAGGUACUGGAAACGGAGGAUAGAGAUUGUAGUUAGAGAAUACCACAAGUGGAGAACAUAUUUUAAGAAAAGGUUACAGAAGCACAGAGAUGAGGAUCUCUCAAGUUUGGUUAAAGAUGAUGAUCUUGAUGCUGCAGUGCCAAUGGAGGAGGAGCCUCUCCUGGACAUGGAGAUGCUUAUGGCGGAGUUCAGCGACACUUUAUUUUCUACUAUUUAUUCGCAUCAGCACAACCCGAAAGAGAUUGCACAUUUGGGGAAUGCAGAUAUGAUUCAACCAGAGCUGUUUCCACUUCAACCCAACUUAGAUUUGAUGGACACUUUUGAGUCUUUUCAAGAUCUUUUCUCUGGCAACCGUCUACCAUCUUCUUUGUUUACUUCUGCCUCUUCUGUACCGGCCGUCCCACUGCCUGACCCCGCUUUGCAUUCCUGUAACCAGACAUUGGCGCCUCCUGUCUCGCCAUCGUCUAGCAGCCUUGCGCCUGUGAAUCUUGAUGAGGAAUUGAUCCCAUCCCCAGGUCCUCCCUCCAUUCAUCCGCGAGUCCCAGAAGUGAGGCGGGAACGGGCAUCCAGUUUGGGCAGCAUUUCUACUGUUCAUGGACCAGUCAAGUUUAACUCAGAGACAGCUAUAAAUAACCAGCAUGGUUUUGUCCCAGUUUGCCACCCUCCAGUUACGAUCUACCAGACACCGCCUGGUCCACAAACGUUGCCCCUGAAACCUCGCCUGGCACCCCAACCCUCUUUUGUUAGCACGGACGCUGAUAAGUUUCACAUGUGUAACGCCUCAGUUAUUACGCACACGGCCUCUGCCACACUUCCCCAUAAUCCUUCUGCAACUACCUUCAGUCAGAGCCAGAACCUUAUUCUUACAACGCAGCAACACGUGCCUUGCAACAUUUCAGUGCAAACUGCUGGGGUCAUGCAACAGACUGCCCCCCAGUCCCAUGGAUACUUUACUUUGUCAAGCUCUGGAGCUAAGAAGAAAAAGCAUCCUCCAAAAAUUGUGCCUGCUCCUCAGCAAGAGACUGUAUCUUUGCUGUUUACUCCUGCGUCAUUUUCAGGUCAGACUCAAGCUGUGAUCGUAUCUCCUGCCUCCCUGAAGUCAGACACCAUGCUGGCGCCAAGAAUUACUCAGCCCAGCAUGGUGAUUGCACCAGCCGGCCUUGCAGGGUCUUCUAGAGUACCAGAGUUUCAUGGCAGUAUUCUUGUUGGACAAGCUCCGCAAUCUCAGGGCACCCAGAAGUCUCAGUCCGCUGUGUCUCGACUCUUUUCCAGUCCAACGCAAGACAUCCUGGUGAAGAGAGAGAUGACGUCCUCCCAGAACUGCAGCACCAUAUCCUCUCCCUCAUCCUGUCGGGAUUGUCACAGUUCAAGGCGGGGGUCACCAUGCGCAUCUGAACACAGCCUCAGCCCCCCACGAAGCUCAGGAAAAUCCUCAUCUGACCCUCAGUGCUCCACAUAUAAGAACGAAAGAUUGAAGCAUAUUUCUGCAGAACAGAAGAGGAGAUUUAAUAUAAAGAUUGCCUUCAACACGCUGCACAGUUUUGUUUCCUCUAGUUCCAAGCCGGUACUUGAUCAGCCACAUUAAAAAAUCAGCCAUGCAAUCACACUACAGAAGACAGUGGAGUAUAUUGCCAAACUGCAGCAAGAGAGGGCCAGUGUGUUGGAAGAGACCAGACGACUCAGGGAAGAAGUGGAAGAGUUAAACAUUGCAAUCAAUUCCUGUCAGCAGCAGCUUCCAGCCACCGGCGUACCCGUAACUCCACAAAGAACAAACCAUAUGAGGGAUCUGUUUGACAAGUAUGUGCAGAGAAGAACGAUUCAAAAUUGGAAGUUCUGGAUUUUCAUCAUCAUUAUAAAACCCUUGUUUGACUCUUUCAAUGACGUGGUAUCUACAAGUAGCAUAGAAGAAUUGUACAGCACUACUCUAGAAUGGCUGGAACAGCAUUGCUCCCUCCCUGCAUUGAGGCCCAUGGUGCUAAGUACACUGCGUCAUCUGAGCACAACAACGUCUAUCUUGACUGACCCAUCAAGCCUGCCUGAGCAAGCCAAACAGGCUGUAAGAAGGGACAGUAAGUGUGCUGGUGGAACAUAAGCCUAAACUUCCUCUUAAAUGGAGAGAAGAGCUUGUGCUGUUACCUUUCAUUGCUCUCUGUGAGCUGCAUUUCAACACUCCACUCGUGCAUCUGUGCUGCUGCAAUUGGUAACUGGCCAUCCAAUGAAUCCUUGGCUAUCAGGGACAACCUUUAUCUCAGCGGAUCUGCAAGGUGUCACUUCUGUGAAAAGCAGGAAGAGCUGAAGAAUUCCUGCUCUUGGAGCGUCAGAAAAGACAAUAAAGAUGAUUCCAGUGAUAAAAAAAAAAAAGUUAAAGGGAAUGCAUUUCUGUGAUGUCAUCCUUCAUUUUUUUUGUUCUCAAUAAAUCCCUACGGCCCUUAUUUUAAGUGCUUUAAACCUUUCAUUGUAGAGGGCCUCAUGACUGCCUUCUAACAGUGAUUUCAGGCAUUUGCUGUGGCUCUAAAAGCUGGAAACUGGUCAGUAUAUUAGUUGAGCCAUUCCUCAAUCAUUUAACUGUCGCAUUAUUUGACUCAGGUUUCU